AUGUCGACGCCUCCGGGCUCGGCCGAUGCCCAAUUCCGAGGGAUUCGUGAAUGGCUUUCUCAACCGGUUGUUGCCGCGUUCUGCGGAGGCGGCGUUGCUGGUGCAGUUUCGAGAACCGUGGUGUCCCCCCUCGAGCGUCUCAAAAUUCUUAUGCAGGUGCAGAGCGUUGGACGAGACGCAUACAAAAUGUCAGUUAGCCAAGCGCUGGCUAAAAUGUGGCGGGAAGAAGGAUGGAGAGGCUUUAUGAGAGGCAAUGGGACGAACUGCAUUCGUAUCGUGCCCUACUCCGCAGUACAAUUCAGCAGCUACAACUUUUACAAACGACAUAUUUUCGAGACGACGCCUGGGGCUGAACUGACUGCCGUUACGCGCUUAGUUUGUGGCGGAAUUGCUGGUAUUACAUCAGUUUUCCUCACAUACCCCCUUGACAUCGUUAGAACCCGUUUGUCGAUCCAAUCAGCAAGCUUUGCUGAGCUGGGCAAUCGCCCGCAGCAGUUACCUGGCAUGUGGUCAACAAUGACUACGAUGUACAGAAGCGAAGGCGGCAUUGCUGCUUUGUACCGUGGAAUCGUUCCAACUGUGGCUGGCGUGGCGCCAUAUGUCGGACUGAACUUCAUGGUUUACGAAUCUGUCAGAAAAUACCUGACGCCGGAGGGUGACAAAAAUCCUAAUGCGGGUCGCAAGCUGCUUGCUGGUGCCAUAUCUGGAGCUGUUGCUCAGACCUGCACAUAUCCAUUUGAUGUUCUACGCCGACGAUUCCAGAUCAAUACAAUGUCCGGCAUGGGCUACAAGUAUAAGUCACUUCCUGACGCUGUGAGGGUUAUCGUGGCACAGGAAGGUGUCAAAGGUCUCUACAAGGGUAUUGCACCUAACCUCCUGAAGGUUGCGCCGAGUAUGGCGUCCAGUUGGCUGAGCUUUGAACUCACCCGCGAUUUCAUAGCAAGUCUAAAGCCAGAAGCUAGCGAAAUGUCGCGGUAG